AUGAGGAGUGUGUCGACCAUCAACAAGCAGCAAAGAGCAAAGUCACACAGGGAUGUUACUGCUUCACGCUUACGCAGCAAGCUUGUGUCACGGACGCCUGGCUCAUCGCUGACAGCUCACCACUAUCAGGUGUCCUCCCAGUCUGCGGGAGAUUCUGAGAAGUCGCCACCUUUCUUGUGUUACCCUGAUAUCGAUAUGUAUCUCCCGGGGGAGCAGAGCCGCUCAGCUUCCCUUGCUGGCCCUUCGCCGUCUCUUGCGGAGAGACCAGUCGAACUGGGGUUGCCGGAUGCAGACCCCAAUGCUGUUCCUGGAAUUAGGGGAACUCGUUCUUCUUUGUCCCUUCCACUGCCGUCACGAUACUCGCACCUUGAACCUACUCUUGCCUACCACGGGGACGUCGCCGCAGCUGAAGCCGCCGCCAACGCUGCACUUGCAGUGGCAGAAGCGGCUGCUGAAGAAGCAUCCGCAGCAGCAGCAGAAGCCGAAGCCGCUGCAAAUGUUGCAGAGGAGGAGGCAGCAGCUGAAGAGGCAGCCGCAGCUGCGGCUCAACAUGCCUUUGCCGCUGCGGCAGCAGGGUUGGACCCGGCAACGGCGGCUGCAACGGCAGCGGCAGCCGCUGCUGCCUCUGUAGGAGACGAUCCAGCACUUGCUGCAGCUGCAGCCGCAGCUGCUGCCGCGGCGGCCGCCGCGGCGUACGGGGGCAUUAGCUCCAUGCCACCAGAUCUUCAGCGAAAACAACAAAUGCAACCCCGGUAUGGGCAACAGUCUCAGCAGGUCUUCAGGAACAAAGAAAUUCGCAACAGUGGUGCACUCCCCUCACAAGUAGAGAUUACCAAUUCAAAGGAAACUGGAUGUCGAGAUUCGUGUAUGGCUGUCGGCCAUGUGUGCGUUUCGCCGACAACGUUGAGUCAGCAGCAGAGCGCAUGCAGAGAAAUGAACUUGGAAGGCCACAGUGACGAUGUAGAGGAGGACAGUCCAGAAUAUCAAAACGAAGACGAGCAAAACGCAGAGCUGCGCCCUUGGCAUGUGCAGCAAGCGAAAUUUCUCAAGGAAUGUCAAGCACAAUUCGAAGAGCAACGGGACCAAUUGCGCUUGCAGAAGGAGCAACACGAGCAACUCCUUGAGCGACAUCGGCAGGCUCACGAGCAGAUACGAGCGGUACUCGCUGACGUACGAGUUGUACAAGGUAAUGUGGAACAACAACAGUUGCAGCUUAGGCAGCAAACAGAACAAACCGCAUCGGUAGUGGCUGCUGCUGCACAGGCUGCUGAAGAAGCGAGCGAAAAAGCAGCGGCUGCCGCAGCAGCUGCCGCGGCGACAGCGGCCGCCGCGGAGUCUAUCAAAACGAGGACAGCGGCAGCGGGCUGCAACCACGCCAUUGACGCUCAUAAAGGAGAGCAUGUGGCGCGCGACAAGGCUCGGCAUGACCCAGAAAAUCCGGAUCCCAUUAUUUGUAGACUUCUGUCUCUUCUGGCAGCCGAGAAAGAAAUUGAUGCAUUUCACCCCCCCGAGGCGCUUAUCGAUGACGAUGAAAGGUCAGACCUUGGAUCGUACGUUCAACUGCUCUUAGCCGACGAAGAUGACGACGGAGUGUGCAUGCGGACGAGUACACGUACCGAUUUCCUUUCAAAACAAGCGCGACAGCAGACCGAACUCAACGGUGGUAGUCGUCAAUUCAGACGGUGGAAAGAAAUCGGGAAACUGACAGAGGCGCAGACGGAUAUGCCUGUGGCAUCCCCCAUCCCACUGCACCGGCCGUCUCGACGCGCACAACCUUGCCGCGGUUGUACCUGUUGGGCUCUGUGCUGGUUGAUGGGUAUGGUCGCAGCCGCGACAACAGUCGUGCUGCCUCUUUUCUUUCCAGAACUUCUGCUUGCCCUGCCCAUCUACUUUUGGGCACUGGCACUGGCUGCAAUGCUCCUUCUCUUCUCUUUUUUCUGGGGAGCAGGCAAAAUAGGCGAGCUCAUCGUUUUGACCUUUGAGGCUGAAAAAACGAGUCGUCGAGGUGCAAAGACACCUUCCGGAAACGUGUUCCGCAAAUGCUUACACCCAGGUGGAACAUCCACUGUGGCGUGCUUAACGGGCCUUUUGCUGCUGCACUCCGCAGCUGAAAGAAUAGUCACAGCCAUGGCUGUCGGAGCCACCGCAGCUGCCGCGGUUCCUCAAGUUUUCUGGUGGUGCAGCAUUAUGCUUCGGCUUGGGCUUGUGGCGUCAGUAGAGUAUUUGCUCCGCCAACUCGUUCUAUCGCUCAUUUUCUUACAUCUAUUGGCUUCGAGAGCAUCCCUUUUGGUCGGAACAACACUCCGAUUGACUGCAUUUGCUCGCCUAGUUCCCUCCCUUUCAGCGAUGAAUAUGCGAUGCAAAGCGCAAGGUGAUAGCGCGCACAAGCCUCUUGAUCCAGAGUGCAAUACGAGCCCACAGAAGGAGAGGCCUGCUGAGCGAUGUCACUCGACAAUACGGCGCAAAGACAGACGGGGCCUGUAUGGCCUCCCUUUCGACCCCAUCCUCCCUCUCUUUCCCCCUCCCAAGCAUCUUACGCGGUUCAUCGAUGAUGCCGAAGGUUCAGAUACACAGAAGCUGUCUUUCAUUGAUUCCCUGCGUGUUCGGGUAGCGCCGGAGGAACGACAAGAAACAACCGCAAAGAAGGCUGCUACUACAGAAGAAAAAAACGCAGUGUCUGUUUCGUCUCAUUCUCGUCCGGCGGAUAUCUGCAGAAGCGAGGUCACAACAAUAGUUCCACGGAACAGGCCAUCCUGGUGUCCUGCCUGCUUCAGCGUGUGCCUGAAAGGAAGACGCGGGAAGCGGAAUGGUGCUCUCUCGUUGGUUAGUAUACAAGACACACGAUGUACGGAUGCAACGGCGCUAAGCCAAGCCCCCAAUGAAUCGGCUCUUUCGUCCAACGCGUUUCUUGCCCCGUCCACCACCGGUGUAACUUCUGCGGUAGAAACUGUCGGCGAAGGAAGCUGCGCUACAUGCACUCCCUCCGGUGUUGCUGUAAGACCACAAGCGAAGCUCCCCAUAGUAGACUGUCACAGGCGUCUACAACAGUCUAACCGGCUCGAUGCGCCGGGCUUCUCAGUUAUGCAGCUGCCGCCUCCUCAGUUGUCUGGUCAAUGGCGUCGCUCGGCUCUCAACAAGACUUCAGAGGGUCAUCACCUUUCGCGUCUUCCUCCAUUUCUUUCAAGUGACGCCGAAGGUCUGUCGCGGGUGCAGGCCGACCCAUCAGCUGUUGCUUUUCGUCAGAUUCCAACAAUUGGAGUCAGGCUUGCAAGUCCUCGACACCAGCAGCAAGAUGCAUGCCCUGGCUCCGAAAGCGACUCCGGUCGUUCAGCUGUGUGGAAGUCAUGUGUCGAUGCCAGCAAAAGACCACACACACAAGCGGAUCAGACUGAUGAUUUAGCCACCAUGAUGCGCAGUUCUGAUUCGAAAAUAUAUCUUCUUCCUCCGCCAGCGUUGGGGCCAUCUGGUGAGUCAUGGGAAAGUAGGCCGUCAGGCCGGCUGUGUGGCUCUGGUGCAAGCACAUCGUACAGCUUAGCAAGCAAUUUAGUUUCGUCCGAUCGGCGAGAAGGCACUUCCUGCAGCGACCACGCCGACGGCAGAGGUGGACAACAUGGAAACUGUAGCAUUCAACAACCUAUCUCACCAGUCAGCUCCACUCAGCGCGCUGGUGGCAUGACAGAGAUGAGCGGGGACCGAACUGUGCAGCAACUCGAAAAAACCCGGAGGCACUCCACCCGGCAUAUGUCGGCUGCUCACCGUUUCGUACACCACGACAUUGAUGGUUUCGCUGUGUCUGAGACCCCAAGCAGCAGCGGGACUCAUGCGAGGUUCGAAGACAGCAUCGACACAAAGCAUGCAUCAUAUGCAUCCAACACAACCAACGAAGAAGACGAUAUGGAGAGGCGAGCGACAGAAAAAGCAACGCUCAUUUACACCUUCACUCAUGGAUCUACAUUCCCUUGUUCCCCGAAACUCAAUAUAAGUGAUGGCGGAGUAAGCAGUCCGACCAGUACCAGCCGUAGCAGUGGUGGUGCCUGCAUAAUUGUCCAAAACACAGACCAACAAAAACGAAGGUUAUGCCACUCGAGGAGCCACACUAAUAGUGGCAGCGACGUCUGCGUGAGUUCUGACUUGCGUAUUACGGUCAGUUCGGACAAUGGAAGCCUUAACAACGGAGCCAGUCGCUGCUCUAGACCUACGUCUUUUUUUCGAUGUGCGCAGCGCAUCGCAAAGUUUACAUUUGAGAGGUGGCCAGGCCUGUCGUUGACCAUGAAAAGUCGAAGACUCCCAGCCAGUCUUUUUUGGAGAAGGCCUCUCCGUUUCAAUCCGAACGCAGCGCUUACGCCAAAAGCUUCCCAGCUGUCUGAGGACUGUACGAUCGGCCACGGAAACUGCGUGUCAGCACAAGUCAAUUCCAUGGAAGAAUAUCCUGCAAAUGCAAUCAAGCAUUACAUUAGAGUGCCUCUUCGUCAAGACAGUCCCCGAUCUAUCUGCAAUGGUCUGUCACCUAUCCCAGCACACUUCGAUGCCUCACGCUGCCCGGACCUUUCCAGGACGUCGGAAAACGGAGGCACUUUCGUCACAACACUACCGACAAAGUCAGCGGUCGCCACUGACCAAGAGAGAGGCGGAAUCGACUAUGCUGAUGACCAACGUGACGCAGAACAAGAAGGCACCUCGUCAGGGUCUGUUAGCCUGCCUGAUGCAAGUGACUCAGGUGAUGAUGAUGAUCGGCGCCUUUCCUGGUCUUCGGCAUUGCCGCUGUGGAACUGCACACUCCACGAGACAUUCGCGCGAGGUCAUGAAACGUCAGAUCCUACACAUUCAACAAGUCAUCAUCAACUACAUCCUCAACCAAGCGAGCCUGGAAGGCUCUCUGCGCCAUCAAUGACGAGAGUUACUGAGCUUUUUCCGGAUGGGCCUGGCCCCGCUUGCAGGUCUACCCACGGAAACACCUUGAACCGAGUUCGGCCUUCUUUCAGUGAUCACAGUCUCGUUUCGGUGCAGUCCUUAGACUGUGUAGGCAACGACGCGAAUGACAGUCCGUUGUCAUCUCUCUCUUCCAAUUCCAGCAUACACUCAGCGGUCGACGUGCUAGAACCCGAUACUCUUGUCACACGGAUAAGGAGCCGUGCUUUGCACUCCAGUAAUAGGAUACUCACUCCCAGUUGGACAGGUCAUUAUGGAAGUGGACAAGGCACAUGGGAAACUUCUGCGUCAUCUGUUUCUUUUGUAAUUGACACAGAGGGUCGUAAACCAUCAGGAGACAAAGCUAAUGUUGACAGUAGCAGCUUUAGCUCUUCCUGGUCUGCCGAUCUCCAGCAGCCACUGCACUUCACCGAGCGGCGUCACGAGAGUUGCGCUGAAAAAAGAAUACCGACGAACCCGUCAGCAGAAAUACGUGAACCUUCCUCUUCUUCCAGUGGAGGAUUUUCUAGAAAAGGCAUGGCAAUUGCUUCCCUUCAGGAGCAAAUAGCUGCUACAAACCUACGACAGGAUAUCGAGGAGCGUAAGAUGGUGUCAUCUUCUGUAAGAUCUACUGAGGCUUCUGUAAUUCCUCAAGAUUUUGACCGUCGCCGCGUUGGGAAUGCAGACAAACACUCUGGGGAAAUUUGCAAAUACCUGGUGGAUCCGAAAGAAUUUACCGCUCCGAUUUUGCGGGGGAGGGUCGACCAGGGUCAACUUCGACAUAAACCGCUGGUCUCGGACCUCCGGGGGCACGGUGCUAGGCAGCAGAGGGCAUCAACUUUGUGCAGCAAGGUGGAUGCUUCGCAGGCAGGCACCUUCGAUCCUCGGCGGAGUCAGCUGGAAAGUGGCAUUUUCACUCUUUAUCGGAUGCACUGUUUCCUACGAUUCCAGCGGCACAUCGUACUUCACGUGGGCGGCAGCACUCGACUGAUCCAGACUACGCGUGAGCUUCACUAUGCUGCAAUUUCGCUAUUCGACGAGCUUCUUCAGUUUCACCGAAUACAGCAAUGCGCACAGAAACAAAAGCCCUGUGAGGAGCCAUCGCUACUGUCUGGUUGUGAUGUGUCCACCUUGACACCCAUAUCUACACCUGCAGAGCGAAAUAGAAGCAGCAGGCAUUUCUGCGGCGACAGUGACAACGGUGGAUGUUUCGGAAUGACCCCCCUUGAUGCAUUCAGUGCAAUUCCCGUGCACCGAAGGACCUCUGCAGCGGCGGCUGCGGCUGCAGCUAUGCGACAGAGUCAGAAUUAUUCUACUGGAAUAUGUUCGGAUACUGGCAACACCGUGAAGCAGGGACACCACCAACAUGUGGUUGACGAAGAGAGGACCUGGAGUGUAGGACGAAGUCGGGAACAGUGGGGAAUCUGUAGGCAGGACCAUCGAGCGGUUGAUCAUUCAGCAAUGCUCCAUCGAUCCAAAAGCCCUCAAAAACACGUCCCACGUUUUGCUGAGGAGGCUCUACAUUUCGCUUCACCGACUGAGUGUCGCUCCGUGGCAUUCACGACAACAAUAGAAUGCCUUCGGCAAUCGGUCCAGCUACCUCGUGACCGGGAGGCAAGCCAUUUCUUUAGGAGAGAAGUGAUUGAGGGGCCGCUUCUCAGCGCUCAAUGUCGCCCUCUUUUUACAGAAGACCCACGACUAAUAUGGAGAUCCUCACGUGAGUGUCAUCCCCCCCGGGCAAUCCAAGACGGUUACAAAGAGGUCCACGAUGUCGAAAGGCACAACCCACUCUCGGGAAUAGCACUACAAUCUGAGAGAACAAAUCACAACAGAGGAAGCCUCUCACGGAGAAAAAAUUGGAAGGUUGAUGCCGGCCGAGGUACUGGCAAAAUACCAUCGCCAUCGCAGGACUGCCAGGAGGCUAACUGCCGCAUCUACGAAGAAGUGUCUGCAUCACAGGAGAAGGUAGACGGGCAAUUGCCCGAGCAUAGGUCCUCUGAAGACACGGUUACACCAGGGCGACCGCCUGAAGGUCUUUCUUCAUCUCUGUUCUGCCAACGCAUCCUUGGUCGCGCACCCAAGACGGUCCCGCGACUUGUGCUUGAUGUUGCAACGAGGGAAACACCUGAUGCGUCCAGCGGGUGGACACCAUUCUUCUUUACAGGGCCAAAUGCAGGAACGUGUCUGUUGCCGGUACCUUCGACAUCUCAGUCUUCCAACGCACAAAAACGUAAGAACGACUCCUCUUUGAGUCGCCCUCAGGUGGCCUACCGCUUGGCAGCGAUAAAUUUUCCUUGUUCGCAAUUUUCUGUUGCAAGCCUAUGCCACUCGAUUAAGCGCGGGAGUGGUAACAAUGAGCAGGCACCGUCUCUGCUGGAAUCUUUGUCUAAGCAAGACAAUGGAGUCACGUCACGUCUGCCACAGCAGAGGCGCGCCCCGGGUAGGUUCCGAACACCGCUGAUGAAGAAGAUAGGCGAGUUCGAAACGCCGUGCUCCCCCGCUUCUUUAUCCUCUAGCCGCGGUGAAGGAGACGCUGGCAAUUCUCAUACAGGUGCCGGAUUCUUGCCGUUUUCUUCCGGGGCCAACCGGUUUGUGAAGCAUAUAAAUUGGCCAGUGUCAGCAGAUCCAGGGACCAAUGCUCGGAGACACUGCACCAUUUUGGGUGGCUCCGAAAAAAACCAAAUCCGUGCUUCGUCACCGACAAGUCAUCAUGGUUGCUUCGAGAUUGGUACUGAAGGACACCGCGAGACUGUCGCUGCGUGCCGCUACGCCUGGCAAGAUGAGACGAUACAUGUCGGAAACGCAUAUAACGUGGAGUCUCAAGCUUUUCGUCCGCAGUCGGGCGUCCUGGUCGCUGCCAAAGAGGUAGGCCUGCAAGCCGACUCUGCUUCCGCAAGCAAGUGCAAGCGUUCGUUAACCAAUGACGCUAUCGGCAUUUGCUCACACGCGAUUCAGCAUUUUUGCCCCUAUCAUCCACCGCUUCUUUCGAUUGCAGCGUGA